UUUGAUUCUUUUGUGAACUACUUAAGUUGUAUUUUCGUUAAUGCUUGUUACUACUAUGCCAAAUAAUGAAAGAGAUUGUCAUUCAUACAUUAAGUCCUUUUUAGGAGUUACAUAUAUUUAUACUAUUUUAUGUUAGGGAAGAAUGAAUUCGUCACAAACAGAGUUGAACGAUAAUUCGAAAGCAAAGAGGAAAAAUUUCUUAUGGAGCUUAAAACCUAAAUGGAUAACUGGAUUGCUUCAAAUAAUGAUGGAAUUUGUAAAUGCAAAUAUGCGAAGUGCACAUGGAUUCAAGGACUCUGUUUAUCAAGGUACAGCCCAAAAAAUGAAAGAGAAGUUUGGAAUAGAGGUAACAGCUGAGCAAUGCAAAAACCAAAUAAGGCAUCAAAGAAGUGUAUGGAAUCACAUUCAGGAGUUAAAAAAAAAUCAGGUGUAUCUUGGGAUGAAACAAAAAAAAUGAUUGUCAUGGGUCAAGAUGAAUAUGCAUCACAUAUUCAGGCUUUUCCCAAGGAUGCUCCUUAUUUAAAUAUUGCAAUUGCAAAUUAUGUAGAAUUGGAGAUAGUAUGUGGUAUUGGACAUGCAACUAGAGAGUGGGCGAAAUCUGGAAAUUCUAAAACUCCACUUGGAACGCAACAAUUACAUUUAAGCGAUGAUGAAUCCCAACAAUUUAUGGAUGUUGGUGCAGAUGGACCAAUGGAUAUUGAGUGGUCUGAUAUGCAAGAGAAAGAGAAUAAUACUGGAACAACAAAGAAACCUCAACCUUCAUCUGGUAUAGGAGGCGGCGUGAAAAAGAAGUCUAAAAAAUCAACUGUCGAUCAAAUUAUUCGUGAGUAUAUUUGUUUGAUGGCAGAAAGUGUGAAUGAAGUUGCUAACGCAAUGAAGAGCUCAACAACAUCUCCAAAACAAAUUCAGAGUAUGUAUAAUGAACUGAUGUUUGAGUUAACAAAUAUUCCUAGCUUCUCAGCAUAAGAGGUUGAUACGAUAUAUGAUAAUUUAU